CCGUCUCUUCCCCUCUGACCUCGGAAAGGCGGGGGCGGGCCUUUAGAGGCGGAAGUUGCGAUGCAUUGUGGGCUCGUCUAGGGCUGCGGAUCCUGAAUGAAAGUGGCGCGCCGCCCUGGUCGUUACCCGGACAGAAGCUGGUGGCGUUCGGGUCCUGGUGGGGAUUCCGGUGCCACUGGUGCCCACCGGACUCUUGAGUAGCGGCAGCACAGGUCGGAUCUGCGAGGACCUAAGAUAUGGCUCACAACAAAAUCCCACCGCGGUGGCUGAACUGUCCGCGGCGCGGCCAGCCGGUGGCAGAGACAGCAUCUGACUCUGUAAUUCAAGAUGGCCUUGAACUCACUACGUGGCCACACUGGACUCUUGGUUCCUGCCCUGCCUCCUGAGUGCUGGGAUUACAGGCGAGUGCCUCCAUGCCCUGCCAGUGUGUUCAUUCUACUAGAAGCCAGUGAAGACAGAUGAUGACUUAUGAAGUGGCAGUUGUCUGCUUCCCCACUGUGCCACAGUUUCUGCCUCCUAGGAAUGGAUUUGCCUCUAGGAGGAGGAAAGUUCUUACCUCUGAAGACAAUGCUGGGACCAAGAUAUGAUAGUCAAGUUGCUGAAGAAAAUCGGUUCCAUCCCAGUAUGCUCUCAAAUUAUUUAAAGAGUUUAAAGGUUAAAAUGAGCUUGUUGGUAGAUCUGACAAAUACUUCAAGGUUCUAUGACAGGCAUGAUAUAGAAAAAGAAGGAAUCAAAUACAUAAAACUUCAAUGUAAAGGACAUGGUGAAUGCCCUACAACUGAGAAUACUGAGACAUUCAUUCGUCUCUGUGAGCGGUUUAAUGAAAGAAACCCACCUGAGCUUAUAGGCGUUCAUUGUACCCAUGGUUUCAAUCGUACUGGUUUCCUCAUAUGUGCCUUUUUGGUGGAGAAAAUGGAUUGGAGUAUUGAAGCAGCAGUUGCUACUUUUGCCCAAGCCAGACCACCAGGAAUCUAUAAGGGUGAUUAUUUGAAGGAACUUUUCCGUCGUUAUGGUGAUGUAGAGGAAGCACCACCACCACCUGUAUUGCCAGAUUGGUGUUUUGAGGAUGAUGAAGAUGAGGAUGAGGAUGAGGAUGUAAAAAAGGAAUCAGAUCCUGGGUCAAGUGCUUCCUUUGGCAAAAGGAGAAAAGAGCGGUUAAAACUGGGUGCUAUUUUCUUGGAAGGUGUAACUGUGAAAGGUGUCACUCAAGUAACAACUCAACCAAAAUUAGGAGAAAUACAGCAGAAGUGUCAUCAGUUCUGUGGCUGGGAAGGGUCUGGAUUUCCUGGAGCACAGCCUGUUUCAAUGGACAAGCAAAAUAUUAAACUUUUAGAACAGAACCCAUAUAAAGUAAGCUGGAAAGCAGAUGGUACUCGUUAUAUGAUGUUAAUUGAUGGCACAAAUGAAGUUUUUAUGAUUGAUAGAGACAAUUCAGUGUUUCAUGUUUCAAAUCUCGAAUUUCCAUUUCGUAAAGAUCUCCGUAUGCAUUUAUCAAAUACUCUGUUGGAUGGGGAAAUGAUUAUUGACAGAGUAAAUGGACAGGCGGUUCCUAGAUAUUUGAUAUAUGACAUAAUUAAAUUCAAUGCCCAGCCUGUUGGAGAUUGUGAUUUUAAUAUUCGUCUGCAGUGUAUAGAACGAGAAAUUAUAAAUCCUCGACAUGAAAAAAUCAAGAGUGGGCUCAUUGACAAAACACAGGAACCAUUUAGUGUCAGAAAUAAGCCAUUUUUUGACAUUCAUGCUUCAAGAAAGUUACUUGAAGGAAAUUUUGCCAAAGAAGUCAGCCAUGAAAUGGAUGGACUUAUUUUUCAGCCAAUCGGAAAAUAUAAACCUGGUCGAUGUGAUAAUAUAUUGAAAUGGAAGCCUCCCAGUCUGAAUUCUGUUGACUUUCGCCUAAAGAUAACAAGGAUGGGUGGAGAAGGGUUACUUCCUCAGAAUGUUGGCCUUCUCUAUGUUGGAGGUUUUGAAAGACCCUUUGCACAAAUCAAGGUGACAAAAGAGCUAAAGCAAUAUGACAACAAAAUUAUAGAGUGCAAAUUUGAAAACAACAGCUGGGUCUUCAUGAGACAAAGGACAGACAAAAGUUUUCCCAAUGCCUACAACACUGCCAUGGCUGUAUGCAACAGCAUCUCAAAUCCUGUCACCAAGGAGAUGCUGUUUGAAUUCAUCGACAGAUGUACCGCAGCUUCGCAAGGACAGAAGCGAAGGCAGCACCCGGACCCUGACGCAGAGCUCAUGCCACCGCCACCCCCCAAGAGGCCACGGCCUUAACCUAACACCGCCUCUGACUGAGGGUCGAAGGAAAAGAUGAGUCAGAACAAUGCUGUUGCCCCAUUUUUGCAGCCAGAGAAAUUAAAAACUGAGUGUGACUUGAUAAUUAGACACAUUUUGCAUUUUAUUGAGUCAGGCAUUGUAGUCGGCCUGCGUAUAUUUGAUGCCUCUGUUUCAGUGCUGCAGCACCUCCUGGAUUUACACCGUUUAUUUAUAUUUGAGAGACUCAGCCUUACCUUGUGGAAUGUCCAAAGGUUCAAAUGAGAUUGAAAUCAGUGAAAAAGAGGCCUUGUUUAUAUUAGGAUAAUCUUUACAUUUAAUUUAUGAAGUUAAUAAUCGGGGGUUGUAAGCACAUAAAACACUGUAAUUUUUAGAAGUUGAAUUUCAAUUUUGGCAGACUUUCCUUUUAAAAAAUGGUCAGUGGCAUUAAAAAUUGUCAUUUAUCAUGGAUUUCCUACAUUUCUAAAAUUCUUACAUUCAAAAAACAAAUAACAAGGUUGCUAAGUACUGUACUAUAUUAAAACAACUUGGUCUGGUUUAUAUAUUUUAAGUUUUUUUGUUUUUGAAUAGUAAAAGUAAAAGUAAAAUUCCAUUUUGUGAGUUGCAUUGUUUCUUUGAAAAAUAUUUUGACUAUUUUCAUCUGCUUCGGUUGUUUGAACUAUAGUAUCUCUGGCAGUGGUUUGAGUUACUUCAUGGAACAUAGAUUUACACCACCAGGUCAUUUAUAUUUUGUUGUUCUGGAAGAGUAUUCUGUUUUUAAAUCCAGAACUAUUUCUACCUUACCACAGUAAUAUCAGCACAUCGUAAAUUACAUUAACAUGCACAACUCACUGUGAUCUGUGGGAGCAAUAUCAAAUACAGAUAUGUUGUGUUGGUGCCCUCAAACAAAACAGCAAAGGAAAUGCUAACUGACUGCUUUGAUUAGAAGGUAAUGUCGAUGGAAUAGACAGCUAUCACUAAGAAACGCUCUCCCACUGCUGGAUAAAUGCUGAGGCAAAGCAGAGGCAUUUGUAGGACUUAAACAUCAAGGAAAUCAAGAUAUUUAUACUCAAACCCAAUAUUCUAUCUGUGCCCUAGUCUAAGGAUGGUAUUUCAGUAUUACUUCUGAAUUUCAAAAUGUUUACUAACAAAUAAUGGGUUUAUAGUGCAGCAAAUUGGUCAUCUGCCAUUGUUGAGAAAUUAUGUUUUGAUGGUUUGUGAAGGAACUCUGAGAAUUAGCUGAUUAGAAACUAUUGUAUUUAUUUUUAGAGGUAUAGGUUUUAAGUAUAUUUAAGACAAGUUUUCAUGAUCUGAAUUUUAUAUAUAUGCAUAUAUAUGUAAAUAUAUGCAACAGUGUAAAUUCUUCUACUGAUAGACAUGAAAACCCAAGCGAGUUACCUAGCAAACUUGAGUAUCUGACAGGAUUUCUAUUUGACAUAGCACAGAUUAAGCAAAAAUGUGUUUAUGUGUACCUGAGUUUUAAUGUUUUUAAACAAAGUUUUCUCCAAUGCUUUUCUACAUAAAAUAUUAGAAUUAUGCUUGGGCUCUUUCCUUUGUUGUUCCGAACUUUGUAGUGAAUUUACCCAAAUUUCAUUUUAAUGUUUUAUCUUAGAGUGCUUUAUUACGUUCGGACACUAAAGGGAUUCAAGCACUCGCUGCCGCAGUGACUGCGGAAAGAGGGAAAAAUCUUAAGGUUUCACAUGUCUUUCACAAAGUGGGUCUGAAGAAAUGCCUGUGCAGCUCCAAACAGUGCGGGGCCUGCUUCCCCGGAUUCGCAGCAUCAGUGUGUUGCUUGCUUCUGAGCCUGUGCGGAGUCGGAGGGCCAUAUGCAGAUAUAAAAGCAAGCUUUCACCAGUGAUCUUUUAAUAAGAAUUAAAAUGUUUGUGAUAAUUGUAACCUUUUAAAUGAGGUAUGUGAAAAGAGCAUCUCGUUUUUAAAUAUCCAGAUAUUUUCUCCUUGUCUUCAUGCAUUUUAGCAGGGCUUAAUUUUCUUAACUUUAUCCUUUCCUUUCAAUUACAAUGAAAUACAGUGGUCAGCCUUAUGUGACUUAUGAUCCUGUGUAGUCCUGCUGAAUGCAGUAUUAGUCAGGUACUGGGUUGGGGAAAACCCUUCCCUGGUCAGCUCACUUCGUGGUGGCUGUGUUCUGAGAGUGACGUUUCUGAGACAAGAAUAAGAAAGUCUUGCCUUCCUGAGUGAUCACAUGUAAAAGCUUUUGCUUUUUGUUGGAAAAGGUGUGGAAGAUUCUACUACCUGGGUGGUUACAUUUGCUUUCCGUGAAAUGCUCAGACAAUGUCAGAACAUUCCUUAAACAAUUAUGUGUCAGUGUGUAUUGUAAUAAACUACUGAUGUAAAAUAA